CGAUAAACGUUGAAACCUUUACCACUUUCUGGCAUUUUCCGAACACCUGCCUCCUUAAGCGCGCACUGAGCAUCAUUUCUCCCUUUCGCGAUCCUGCGUUUUAACCGGCAUCGCCCAUGUCGCGACGUAAUUCGCGUGUAUCUGACGACAGCAGAAAAUCACGAAGUAGAGCGGCGUCGCAACAUAGCCGCAGAUCUCCGAAUUCGCAACCGCGUUCGCCGCACUCAUCCUCUUUCACUAAAUCAUCAGAUAAACUCGCAACUUCGCAAGCGCAUAAGCCCUCGCCUCUCAAGAUGGUAACCACAACCACAACUACCGCCGCCGCCACGACCACCUCACAUACUCCGGUCGAUGACUCUCUGCUUUACUAUUUGCCCGAUAUGAACGCGCAAGAAAUCGAGUUCCAGAAACGCGGUUGGUUGGAACCGAUAGUCAUAGAUGAUGACGAUCUAAUGUUCGGCGGCAAGAGCUUGAGCGCGUGGUACGAGGAGGAGAGAAAGUCGGUCAGCUUUCCUGCAGAAGAGGAGCAGCGAGGCCGCCAAAGGGUGCGACAGCAUUAUUCACACUCGCAACAACAGCAUCAGCAUCAGUAUCAUCAGCAUCACCAACAGCAACAGCAGCAACAGCAGCAGCAGCAGCAACAACAACAACACCAUCACCAUCAUCAUCAUCAUUACCAUCAUCAGCAUCAGCAUCAGCAUCAUCGUCAUCACGCAAAUCUGACUGGUACGUCGGGAGGUCACGAGCAGGGAAAACGCUAAACGGACGACGAACGAGAUUCCCAAAGGCUGGAGUACCAAACAGGCAGCCCUUUAUUUCUUUUACGAGAUACCCAAUACAGCAUUUGUAUAACCGCACUGGCGACUGUAGAAUCGUCCUUUUUUUUUUUUUUUAUCAUUUAAUUUUUUUUCCUUCACGCGCCGCAUUUAUAUAUUACAUCGAUAUGACGAACAAACACGAACUUCAUUUGCAAACGAACGCAUUAGAUAUACCGCAUUGGCAUCUCAUUGGACAACUGGAUUUUCAACAGCCUUGCAACGAUAUAACGG